ACUCUUUAAUCAUGUCAAUCGAUUAUAUCGACAUUACGAGAAAAAUAAAUACAGCUCCCGACGAUGGCCAAUGUAGGAUUUUGUAAGUGGCCUUAUUUCGUGAUGGCAACGGGUGGAUCGAUACCGUGAGUAUUGGGGAGCUGCUAGUCUGAUAUACAACACUCCUGUCGAGCAGUCGUGGGGUAGACGGUCGGGUAUUACGUCGAGUCAGAUUACCGUGCUUUAAAAAGAAAGUAGACUGACACGAGGUUUUGUUAUUUGAGACAUAUACCCCUGAUUGUCUUGUGAUCGGAUAUAAGUUCCAUACAGGUGAGCCAUAUAGUAGACCGUGGCUCGGAGAUGUACCACGCUGGGUACAAAUACCCACACAGAUCUGAUCCUAACAUUUAACAUAUAGAUUGGACAUGAAACCGUAGUGGUGAGCGGAUCAUUGAUUAACAAGGCUGGAACUCCACUGCGGAACAACCAUGGAAAUUAAGCUUCGUCGCCCGCUGCUGGACCUGCGCAUGCCCACGUUAGUGACCAAGGCGGCGUUUGCACUGCCCGCCUUGGAAGACAUGCCUCCAAUCCAUAAGAAGCUGCGAGGGCUAAAGCGCCUAGAAGCAAGCCCUCCAAGAAGUCUACGAGACUUGAGGAAUAUCAUCACUACUGAACUGACAAGCGUCGGAAAGAAACUUUCGCGACUUGAGCGGUCUUACUACGGCGUUGGAAAGAGCGUGCAACAUGAAGUUGACAAAUACGUCAUGCCAAUAAAAGGAGUAAUGCGCAUGCUCACUAUUUUUGAUAUGUCUUCCGUAUCAGCGAUUGAAAAUGCCAUAAAAUCCGGAAGUGACCCCAAACGGUACAAAGGUGAUCCAAACAAUAUAACACUGUUAAAGGAAGCAUACGCCAAAGUGCUGACGUAUGUUCCUGACAAAUUCAACGAAAUCAUCGACUUCUGUAACAGGAUUCUAGUUGUGCUGGAGAAAUAUUUCGUAAGUUUCUACGAUACAGACUCGGAUGUCUAUCUGGAGACGGCCUCACACUACGAAGAACAGUUACGAACCUGGCAGAAGAGUAUCCGCGGGAGUCUGGAAAGGGUUCAUAAACUUCAGAAGGACUUUAAAAACGGCAUGAUACACUUCAGUAUGUUCACUCCUCCAGUUGCGACAUUCUGUAAAAGGAACGAGUGUGAGAAUGUCCCGUUUAUCUUAAUUUUCGCGGACGCAUGUACAAACAUACGUGCUGUAAUGACCGUGCUGAAAACGUGGCUUCAGGCGGACGAGAACUACCCUGUGUUCCUACGCAAUGAUAUCGACGAUAUGGAGAAGCACAAGGAGGAUAAGGUCAAGCUUAUGCGCGAGAGUAAACAACGGUAUCACGCAGUCACAUAUAAACUAAAUCAAACGGAACUUGAGUGGGAAAAGGCGGCCACCGAGGUGGAAAACAUGAAAGAAAAGGAAGAGGCACUCCGAAUAGAGGCCGAUUACCUUAUCAACAUUAACGCAGAGUUACAAUCGGAAGUAGAAUUCAAGAUAUUCCGAAGAGAUGAACUCAAAAAGAACAGUGCAGAUUUUUCACCAGAAAACUUCAACGAGACGUUCGAUACGUUGACCGAUGAAAUUCGCUUCGUCAAAGACAGAUUGCCGUUAGUGAGGCGUCAGUUAACUGCAGCCCAGUUUAAACUAGAGUGGAUGGCUGAAAAAAAGGUAUGUUUGGCAAAAAUUGAAAAAGAGCUGCAACAGCUAAGGCGGGAUGCCAACGACGUGGAUCAAGGGAGACAACAACGCGAGGAUGAUGUUGAAAGGCUUAUAAAGGCACUUGAAUUGGCCAGACGAAUACACAGAUACAAAACCAGUACGGACGUGGCUGAGAAGAUCUAUUUCUGUCUCCCAAUAGGACACCGACACCGAGCCCAGUCUCUGCAGUCUCUUACACCGAGCGAAGAUACGCUGUCAAAAGUUUGUGUGGCGCUGUCCCACUACCUUGACUUAGAGUGGAUGGAUCUAUAUAGAGAACUCCCGUUUUUCCCUAAGCGUGGUAAACAGACGAUUGAGAAGGACAUCAGCGCUAUCAGUGUAGAAAGUGCUCGUGGUCCCCGCGAAAAUCGCACGCUGAUCGCACUGAACCGAUGGAGACGCCAUCACACCCGCGCAAAGACAGACGACAUCAUGGAAACCCUAAAGAGAAUAAAACGAUUAGACAUUUUAUUGGAAGUAGACAAGAUAGUGAACCCUCCGAAGAUAGUGGAGGAGGUGAAAGAGACGUAUGUUCCUCCAUCAGUGGCACCGGAACUCGUGCCAUUUUAUAGAGAGGUGGAACGGUAUGAUAAACUCCGGGCGGCACAUAAAGUGAAGACAGGCCGUCAGUAACCGGAUGUGCGACAUCAUCACCGCUAUCAAUAAUAGUAGAAAACCGGAUGUCUGACAUCCUUACGGCUAUCAGUAAUAGGGGUAACCGGAUGUGCGACAUCCUAACCUCUAUCAGUAAAAGGGGAAACCGGAUGUCUGACAUCCUUACGGCUAUCAGUAAUUGGACCGGAAGUUUAGCUUGAUAGGUGACUACGCUACAUUGAUCUGGAGUAAUCAAAUAGGUAGCAUCAAGUCUUUAACUUUGUCCUGAUAUGACCAAAGGAUGCAAACAACGUACAUGUAAUAUGUAUUUCGAGAGUGAAACCUUUAAAUUUCGAUAUGACAAGUUACUCAAGAGGAGUACUGCUAAAGGGAAGUAACUCGAAAAGCCUGUAACAUUUCGAGAGGCUUCAGAACAUGUUUAUCACAUCUAUUUAUUUCUAUUUCUUUUUAAUUUUUGUAACAACAUCGGACAUUAAAAAGUAACUAAUCCAAA